GGUAACCGAAAUAAUUUAUCGAGUUUUCGAGAUUCUUGACUGAUGAGGAAGUAAUCUGGAGCCGGUGAGUGCAUCGCCAUUGACAACCUCAACAUAAGAUGUCGACCUCUACAGUUAUUCGACCUGUAGCUCGCAGUCUUCUACAACUCCGAAAGGCAGGAAAUACCCCGCCAGCAUUCCUCCUUCCCUGCCUACAAAGCUCCUCCACAACUUCAUCAUGCACUCAAUCCACCUCCUUCUCUACCAGCAGCACACACCUAUAUCCCCGGGACAUGAACCGUCUGCGCGGAGUAUCUACUCAAAGACGAACGGGGCCCCGUCAACCUCUCUCAGUAUCCAAUGCGAAACUACCCCAACCAGUCCUAGAUGAAUCGAAACGAUUAAAAGUCAAGGUUGAUGAGAAUCACGGAUUAUACGAGUUUUUCAGGCAUAAGGACAAGGCACUUAGCACGCCAGCUGAGGAGGGAAGUCAUGGCAGACCAUGGAGCGCAGAAGAGUUGAGGGGGAAAAGUUGGGAAGAUUUACAUUCACUUUGGUGGAUUUGCUGCAAGGAGAGGAAUCGCAUUGCUACGGAAAGUUACGAGAGGCAGAGAUUGGAGGCGGGUUAUGGUGAUGAGGAUGCGGAGAAGAGGGAUAUGACUGUUCGGAGAACACAGAGAGCUAUCAAACAAGUUUUGACUGAAAGAUAUUAUUCGUGGCAAGAAGCGGAGGUUAUUGCGAAGGAUGACCCAGAAAUUGACUUUUCGGGUGAAGGACCAUUAUACACCCCCAGAGAUUUUGAGGAAGAGUUUGAGGAGGAUGUGUUAGCUGAAGCUGAGGGAGAGGCAGAGCCAAAACCUGCUCAGGUUACAGCUUAGAUCAUGGAGGAUAUAUGAUAGAGGACCAUACCCUAGAUCGAAAAUAAUGAGUCUUGGGGAAGGAAAGGUGUCUCCAGUUGGCAUGAAUGAUUUGGUUUCCUACAGCCAUCAUCUGUAUAAGUAGAAACGCAUAUGGGGCAAGACAGCCAUGGCCGCAUUAUGCAUUUAUGUGAAUCUGAGAAAAGGAUUAUCUUUGUCUAAAACAAUUGAAAAGAUUGGUAUAGUACAAGCAGAAUCUCUCGUUACUUGGUACCUUAUAACGAGAUCAAAGCGAAAGCGUCAAUCUGAGUGAAUACCGUUAGAAAUUCAAUUUAACAGAUUCCAUGUACCA